GACAUUACUGACAGAUUUGUCAAGUCAUUGAUUUCAUUCCAGAAAGAAAACAAAAAAUCACAGUCAUUCUAGUAUUUUUCUUAUUUAUAGAAUAAAUAUUACAAAGUUUCGAAAGUAAUUGAAAUUAUGGCCUCUGUAAGCGUACAACAACAGAAUAUCACCGAUUUUUUGUCUAGGAAACAAAAGGAGGGCCCCAAGGAACUUGUGCCGGAAUGGGCCGCUUUGGAGGAGCUCUACAACAAAAAGUUGUGGCAUCAAUUAACGUUAAAAGUAUUAUCGUUAGUGAAGAAGGCUGACUUACAGAAAGACGAUAAUUUAAUUCAGCUUUAUAACCAUUUUUUACAAACCUUUGAAAAUAAGAUCAACCCGUUAUCUUUGGUUGAAAUUGUUGCUGUUGUUAUUGAACAAUUUAAAAACCCCAGCGAAGCAGUAGCGUUUCUUGAAAAAACUGAGCCCAAAGUUAAAAUUAGUUCAGAUGCUGUGAACUUAUGUAAAGUUUUAGCAGGUCAAAUAUAUCUAGAGAAAUUAAACAAUUUGGAAGCAACCAAAAAAAUCAUCGAGCAAGUUGAGGCUACUCUGGACAAUGCUGAUGGAGUUACACCAGUUCAUGGCAGAUUUUACUUAUUGGCAUCACAGUAUUAUAGAAUUCAAGGUGAUCAUGCACAAUAUUACCGUACUGCUUUGCGUUACCUUGGUUGUAUCGAUAUAGACAUCCUCUCAGAAGAAACCAAGAUGCAACAUGCCUUUUUCUUAGGUCUGGCAGCGUUAUUAGGAGAGGGUGUAUACAAUCUAGGUGAAUUAUUGGCUCAUCCUGUUCUACAAACAUUAAAUACCACAGAUAAUUCGUGGUUAAUUGAACUUCUCUAUGCCUUUAAUUCAGGGGAUAUAAAGAAAUUCGAUAAUAUGAAACCAAAAUGGAGUUCCAUUGCUGACUUGGCUGCACAAGAAUUGUUUUUGAGGCAGAAAAUUUCACUUUUAUGUCUUAUGGAGAUGACGUUCAAGAGGCCGUCUCACGAUAGACAGUUAACUUUCGCUGAGAUUUCUGAAGAAACGAAAUUACCAAUAAAUGAGAUAGAACUGUUGGUAAUGAAGGCGUUGUCUCAAGGACUUGUUAAAGGCGCUAUAGACCAAGUUGCAAGUACAGUUAACAUGACCUGGGUACAACCCAGAGUCUUAGGCAGACCACAAAUUACCAGCAUGGUUCAAAGACUUAACGAAUGGUGUACGCAUGUUUCUACAAUGGAGAAAUUGUUGGAGGGAAAGGCUACAGAAAUUCUGACAUUAUAGUGUCCUUUCAGAUUUUCUCAAGUAAUAUUAUAUCUUUUUUUUUGGUUUAAAUAAAUUAAUAAAAUGCUA